AUAAAGUUAAUUUAAAGAGUCAAUGCUGCAUCAAUGGCGGCUCCCAUGUCCUGGAGGAGGCUGGUGAACUCCGUGUACUCACCGGCCAUCGCCGGGGUUUUCACUCGGAUAUCGGACCGGCUCUUCCGUGCACGGGACAGACGAGGCGGCUCCUCCGUGCUGCUGCUCGCUCCCCUGCUGGCCGAAGCCGACCCGGCCCCGUAUCGCGUCACAAGGCCCACAGGCUCAGCCGGAGCUCAGGGCAGCGGAGAUGGCCUCUGCACCCACUUCAGAUGGAUGGCAGAGCACGUUCCUGUCUUCAGGGUGCCGGGAACCCACAUCCACAUUCUCACCUCACCCGACCAGUUCUACCAGGCCAUGAAGGCACGAAUCAAGACCGCAAAGAGGCGAGUGGUGAUGGCCUCCUUGUAUCUGGGAACAGGUCAGCUGGAGCAGGAGCUGGUGAGAAAAGUGCCGUUUGUGUCUCUGCAGAAUUUACCUGCUUUAGUUUUUCGGGCAGGUAAGAACAAUGCUGUCAAAGUGCAGACACGUGCCAAAAAACUGGUCAGAGAUGCCAGAAAAU